GCUCAGGCUUGCUGGCUGUCAUGCUAGCUACACACUUUGAUUUGCGAUGGCCUCCGCUGUGGCUGUUUUUCACCGCAUUAGCUACAGGAAACUCGUUUCCUGGUUGCUAGGGCAACCAAGGAGGAUGGCCCCCAGCAGGAGUUGGGGAAGCCUUGGGCUGCCUUGCAGCUCGUCGCUGUGCAGCACGCCUGCUGACCUGCUGCUGCUGCUGCUGCCUGGGAGGAGGAGCCAACUUUGCAGAGGAGCUUCUCCUGGCCCAGUUUGGGUCCUGCCGCCCCAUUGCCCCACCAUGAGACAGAGCCUCAGCAGCAGAGCUAGCGCUCCUCUCUCCCUCUUCUGGCCACUGCGCAGCUCUGACUCGCUCUGCUCCAGUAGUAACGGAAGCACAGGCGGCAAGAUGUCAUCCUCUUCCUCUACCUCCUCUUCCAACAGCGAUGGACAAGGGAAGCCUAAACCUAAAUCCCCGUUUCACAAGAGAGGGAGCCUGCAGAGCACCACCAGCCCUGACCUCUCCGGUGUAUCUGGACCCAAGACUCUCAAGCCCCAGCGAUCCCUUCCUGGGACGCCCGUUUCUCUCACGCACUACCCGAUCGACCUGCGAACAUCCAUGGAGGAGAAGUACAAAGAGAUUGCAGAGGAGCUGUUCACUCGCAGCAUGGCCGAGAGCGAGAUGCGAAGCGCUCCGUAUGAGUUCCCAGAGGACAGCCCCAUCGAACAGCUGGAGGAGCGACGGCACCGCCUUGAGAGGCAGAUCAGUCAGGACAUUAAGCUUGAGCCAGAGAUCUUGCUCCGCGCCAAGCAGGACUUCAUGAAAAUCGACAGUGCCGCAGACCUCGAGUUAAUGAAGGAAGCGAGUGUGGACACUGUUGACGAUGGCUUUAAAGAGAGGGAGAUGCCAAUGGAGAGAGAGUACCAGCGGGUCUCGAUCUCUGGCGAGGAAAAGUGUGGGGUGCCCUUUACUGACCUGGUGGAUGCUGCUAAGUGUGUGGUGAAGGCGUUGUUCAUCCGGGAGAAGUACAUAAAGCGAUCCAUGCAGAGCUUUUGUAAGACCACAGCUCACUCCUUGCAGGACCUUGGAAUGAAGCCUGUGGAUGUAGGAGUGUAUGACGACAUACCAGAGACCCCCGUCGAUGCCGAUGCCCCCGUCCACCCACCUGUUUCCGACACACACCCUUAUGAUAAUCAGGACCCCAAGAAUAUGCCAGCAGACACAGGAUAUGGAUGCAAGAUGGUGGAUGGAGUGGUCCAUGUCUACACCAAGAAAGUCAACAUGGACAAAAGCUCAGAGCUGGACCUGCUGUAUCCUGACCUGAAGGAGUACAUUGCAGACAUGAAUGUGAUGAUGGCCCUCAUUAUCAACGGUCCAGUGAAGUCUUUCUGCUACCGUCGCCUGCAGUACCUAAGCUCUAAGUAUCAGAUGCACAUCCUCCUGAAUGAGAUGAAGGAGCUGGCAGCUCAGAAGAAGGUUCCUCACAGAGACUUCUACAACAUAAGAAAGGUGGACACACACAUACAUGCAUCGUCCUGCAUGAACCAGAAGCACCUGCUGCGAUUCAUCAAGAGAGCCAUGAAGAAAUACCCCGAGGAGAUCGUCCACAUUGAGCGUGGCCGCGGUCAGACUCUCAAGGAGGUUUUUGAGAGCAUGAACCUGACAGCCUUUGACCUGAGCGUGGACACUCUUGACAUGCACGCGGACCGUAACACGUUUCACCGUUUUGACAAGUUCAAUGCAAAGUACAACCCCAUUGGAGAAUCCAUCCUCAGAGAAAUCUUCAUCAAGACUGACAACCACAUUGAAGGAAAAUACUUUGCACACAUAGUAAAGGAGGUGAUGGCCGACUUGGAGGAGAGCAAGUACCAGAACUCUGAGCUGCGUCUGUCCAUCUAUGGCCGCUCCCGAGACGAGUGGGACAAGCUGGCUCAGUGGGCCGUCAAACACAGAGUGUACUCUGAUAAUGUCCGCUGGCUUGUCCAGGUGCCCCGUCUGUUUGAUGUGUACCACACAAAGAAGCAGCUGGCUAAUUUCCAGGAGAUGCUGGAGAACAUCUUCAUGCCUCUGUUUGAAGUCUCGAUCGACCCGCGCAGUCAUCCCGAGCUGCAUCUCUUCCUGCAGCAUGUGGUGGGCUUUGACAGCGUGGACGAUGAGUCCAAACCCGAGCACCACAUUUUCAACCUCGACAGUCCGCUGCCAGCCAACUGGACAGAAGAAGACAACCCGCCCUACUCCUACUACCUCUACUACACCUAUGCCAACAUGACUGUGCUCAACCACCUGCGAAGGCGACGAGGUUUCCAUACGUUUGUGCUGCGACCGCACUGUGGGGAGGCGGGGCCAAUCCACCACCUGGUGUCAGGUUUCAUGUUGUCAGAAAACAUCUCCCACGGGCUGCUGCUCAGAAAGGCCCCCGUGCUGCAGUAUCUCUACUACCUGGCUCAGAUUGGCAUCGCCAUGUCGCCUCUGAGCAACAACAGCCUGUUCCUCAGUUACCACCGCAACCCGCUGAUGGAGUAUCUGUCCAGAGGCCUCAUGGUCUCUCUGUCCACCGACGAUCCUCUUCAGUUCCACUUCACCAAGGAGCCUCUGAUGGAGGAGUACAGCAUCGCAGCUCAAGUGUGGAAGCUGAGUUCCUGCGACAUGUGUGAGCUGGCGAGAAACAGCGUCCUCAUGAGUGGGUUUUCACACAAGGCCAAAAGCUACUGGCUGGGCCCCAGUUACUCCAGGGAGGGUCCUGAGAGCAACGACAUCCGCCGCACCAACGUCCCCGACAUCCGCGUGGCGUACCGCAGCGAGACGCUCACCGAGGAGCUCCACCUCAUCAUUCACGCCGUUCGCACGGAAGAGCUGGACGCCAUCGACGAGGAGGACUCCCUGACCAUGGGUCCUCUCCCGGGACAGCGCUGAGACCGGUCACCCGCCCUCCUCCUGUAAAUCCCCGACCCCGUGGUUUCACUCAGCAUGACACUGAAGAGACGUGGCCAGAGAGUAAUUCUGCCGUUCAGCCUAUUUAAAGUAUAAACACCACCAACCAUCACUGUAGACGUAUGCCGCACUCUGACAGCUGCACAGCUACCAAAAAGCCACGGAUACAGCGCUGCCAGAUCACUUUAGCUUCUUGGUUUUAUUAUCUUCAAGUUGUUUUUAUGUUCCAACCCUGUAUUAUUUUAGUUUCCCCCAAAUGUCCUCCACCCGUAACUUCUGUUGAGUCUCAGUCAGCUUCAUGAAGGUUUGCAGGGAUCAGCAUCAGGGUUUGUUUUUGUUUUGUUGUUUUUUUGUGAAUGAACAGCAGGGUUUGUAUCCCCGCCUGUCCUGCCAAAGCCAUCAGAUGAGCCCUGUGAUGUUUUCUAUUCUUCACUGAUGUGUUUUCGUGGUAGCAUCUUUGCAGUAUUUACAGAAACACUGACAACCAGCACAUUGAAACUCUUACCUUCUACUCUAUAGCCAUGCUGCUUGAUUACACGUAGCGCAUCUGUCGUCUUUAUUACACCACGAUGAAGGAUUGUAGAUGCGGUUUUAUUGGAGUAACACACUUGGAUUGUUUCACAGGUUUCACGUUAUUAUCCACUGAAUGCUGCAGCACUGGACGUCAGCCAUGUGUGGUGGUUUUAGAUAAUUCAUUUUGCACAUUUAGAAUCGUUCUUCCGUGAUUCUACUACUCAGAAACAAACGAGGGAAACUCCAUGGCGCUCAAGUUUAAAGAGCAGCAGACUGUCUGCGGUUGACUGCAAACAUUCCUUGAAGCAAACGGGCCUCGUCAGCGGCAGGCGGAAAUGAUUUCCAGCACUUGUAGAAAAUCGUUUGAUUUCUGUGGUAGGAGAGAUGUGAAAGAAGAGCCGCGUGUUGUGGAUUGUGAUCACAGCGCAGCAGCACGUGGACGUGUUCUCACCGUUACCUCACUGUGGCCGUGAAGCAGCCUCUGCACUUCCUUAGGGCCCUGAUCCCACUCAUUCCGUUUCCAGAGGGCAAACUAGAAGGUCAUGGAGGUUUUUUCCCUUUGCAUGCAGUGCACUGUGCAUAUGCACCAAGCCAAUAUUUUACAGUGCCUUUUCAUUUGUAGCCUCGAGCUCUGCAUGUCCAGUUUUUCGCGAUCACAUGCAGCCAGAGUUGCGUAUUUUCCCCCAAACAGUCGGCCUCUGUGCUGCUGGAGCGUCCGCGCCGACGGAACUGAAACCACCCAGCUGCAUGCUCGGUGUAAAGUAGCUUUUACCUUGGCCUUUGAGGAGAAAGCUUGAUUUGUUUCUCUGCUUUAAAGUGCUUUUGUUGCAUGCCUGCAUGACCAGAGGAUGGCAGGAGAGAAUGAGCCGUUUACAGUAAACUGUAACGUGAAGCAUCUGAACUAAUUCAGGGCUGCCGACCAGCUUUUGAUCCACAAUCUGUUUGUAACGGGAGCAAACGGAUUCAAACGUCGUUCACCAUGUAGAAAUGAGCAAACCACGCUGGGACGUGGUUAAAACUGUUGCAUGGAACCUUGUAGCAUUUUUUUAAACUCACCCCAAACCCGGUCAGAGCCGGCGCCGCACGCCUCAGACUUUGGGAUCAUUCACUCAUCACACCAACGCUACCCAGCUCUGGACCCGGUCCGACCUCCCAUUAAACUGUGAGUUAAACCCAGAUGAUGCUGUCGAGUCGUAUUUGACACCAAGACCAGAAGAGAAUAAAACAGGAAGUGUUUGUUUGAAUAAUCAGCUGUAAAGCGUUAAAUAAAUACGUCUGCUUCAUAGAUGAUAAGAAUCAGCGAUGAGAGUCCGUCUCUGUUCUGUGAGGAUACAGUCGCUCUUGUUAAGCUGGAGUCGUGUGCCGAACACGACGGCGUGCGUGUGAUUGUUGGAUUUCAUGUAUAAAGUGUAUUUUUUUAAAGGCAAUAUAGAAAUAAGAAAUUUUAUAUUCGAAUUGAUGUUAAGGUUUAACACUUAGUUUCUUGUUUCCGUUGUUCUGUUGAUUAGUGUUGUCAUGAAAACAGACUUUUCCACUAUGGGUUCAUUAUUAUUAUUAUUCUUGUUAGCCUUUUUAAUUUGUUGAAGUAAUUGGACAGUGUUUUGGCGUCUGCUCUGCCUGUUUGAUAUCACAGUAGCACAUCUUUUUAUGCCUGAUAACACAAAUAUAACGUCUGUGAUAGAUGCUCUGAAGCCAAACGUUAGUCGCCAGUCAGACACGUAGAAACCGACCCACUUCUACGUCACAUCAGUAGAGUUUUCAGGUUUUGUUGACGUGUUCUGUGUGUAAAUGUUGGUCCGUUUUCUCUAAAGCCAAACUGCUAAUGGAUUAUAAUCCACACUGACUCGUCUGCCUGCCUUUAUAAUUGCAAAAGCUUCAUUUCGUUAUCGGCCUUUUCCUGGUUUUAAUGUUUGAAAGUCAUCUACUUUUUGUACUUACUUUGGGAUUAAGUUUUUGAUGAAAGCGUGACUCUGCUGUAGCAGUCUGAACCUGGACCGACCUGAACCUUUUCCACUUUCCAUCCAGCUCCCGAUGCGUUUACCGUCUAUCAUGUCUACACCAUCGUGCACCCUACCUCACCAAUGCUAAUCUCUGACGUCAGCCUUUUUGGGGCCCGACACUGUCCUCAGCAGUAGCAACGCUGCAUGUAGGGCCACAAACGAAACACUAUCGUCAUCACUGAUUGAUCAAAUAUUACUUUGGUCUUUGAAAUAAUUUACAAAAUUGUGAGAAGUUUCCCACAGCACAAGUCGUCGUAUUCAGAUUGUUUUGCUCUAAAAUAUUUGGUUCAAGCUGCAAAUCUUCAGACUUCUGGAGGAAAUGUUUUGUCAUUUCUGCUUGAAAACUUAUUUUAAAUGAUGUGAAAUGUAGAAUAUUGUCUUUGGCGAUCGGCUAGUGGAUUAAUGAGUAGUUGCACAUGAGAAACGAUGGAACAGCAGGAACCUCUGAGCGGUAACACUGUGACCAUUAAGCCAACACAGAAACACACCAUCCACACGAUGUUCACCUGUAUAGAUGUUUUCUGUCCACAUGUUCAGCCUGAUUUAUCUCUAACAGUCCUUUAAGUAUUCUGAUACUUACGACAUGUUUGCGUUCGCUGACGAUAUUUCUCCACGUGUAUCUUUGUUUUUACGCUCGUGUCACUUCUCUGACAUGGGGGACUUUUUAUUUUUAAUCCUACAUAAUUUUCUGUCCAUUGAUCUGUAGCCUUAUUGCUUGAAAUGGACUGCCAGUGUUUUACAGAUUCAUGUGUAACGUCUGAACAAUAGAAUAAAGCAUGUUAACUCAC